GCGUCGAUGAAAAAUAGCUUGCGUUAAAUUUCGGUUUUCUUUCCUGCGAAAUAAAAUUCUCGUAACGAUAAAAAAAUUCCGAGCCGCUAAUCCCCACAACCGAGUGUUUUUUAAUCCGAAAACUUUGGUAAUUUUCGUUUUAUCACCAAAUUCGAGGUUAUGGUGUGGCAACAGUUAUCGUAAAGAAAAAUGGCGGAUAAGCAUAAAAGCCUAGAAAACAGUAGUAGCCCGCAAAUAACAAUGCGAGUAGAGGGACCUCCAGAAGACUCCAAAACAGAAAGCAGCGAUAACGAGACCAGCGAGUCCGGGAAAGCAGCCGAAUCGUUGCGAAUGUGCCCCGCGAGCUGCUUCUCUUCGGACCCCCCCACGAACCCCUUCGCUAGUUCCCAAAACAAAUUCGCCACGCGCGGCAUCCUCAAGCCGCCGCAGCUCAGCCUCAACAACACCAACAACUCGAAGCCCGCGUUCGUCCUGAACCCCAGUCGACUGAACCCCGUCGCCGCGCCGCCAAAAGAAAAUUCUAAAGAUGUGAAGAGCAACCAAAUCAACGGCGAGACACCAAAAUUCGUGCCGCUCAUCCAGAGCGAGCCCAAGACGAGCGUGGCGGUGACGACGGCGGGCACGACGCUGGCGUCCAACUCGUUCGUGUUCGGCCAGAACCUGCAGGAACGGGUGGUCAACAGCGACAAAGGCGACGAGCCCAAACCGUCGACGAGCGUCAACUCCAACGGCACGACAGAGAUGCUUUUCAGCAGCGCCAUCAAGAACGAGGUGAAAGUGGACGCGGGGAGCAAGGAGACCAAGUCGCUGAGCGAGUCGGCGAGGGAGUACGAGGAGUCGCGGGCGGUCAAGAGGAAGUACGAGGAGGUGGAGGUCAUCACGGGGGAGGAGGACGAGUUGAACAUUUUGAAUAUUAAUUGUAAGUUGUUUGCGUUCGAUAAGGCGUCGGGCAGUUGGCAGGAGAGGGGACGAGGGGUGCUGAGGCUGAACGACUUCUGCGUAGAAGGACACACGCAAAGUCGGCUGUUGUUUAGGACGACGGGGAUCUGGAGAGUCAUACUGAACACCAAAAUAUGGGCGGAAAUGACUGUAGAACAGGCUAGUGAAAAAAGCGUGCGAUUUACCGCCAUGGAUCCGCAGGGAGUGAUAAAAGUGUUUCUUGUUAUGGCUAGUAUCGAAGAUAGCAAACAACUAUUUUCGUCAAUUCAAGUUAGAGUGCAAAAAGAAAUUGCAGCCCAAAAACAUAAAAAACUUUCAGUGGAAGCAGACUCAGGGGGUAAUUAAUUUUAGUCGCGAAAAUAUCUUCUUCAUACCACAGGAAAAAGUUCAUUUUGAUAUCUACAAAUGUGAUGUAAAUUAAGUUUUAAUUCGUUAAACAUUUCUUUUCACCAGGCGUAAGACGAGUUGUAAUUAAUAUUUAAAAAAUAGAGCAUAUUUCAUUGAAUGUGUUGAAUAUUUUGUAAAGAUAAGCAAUAAAAGCAAGGAAAAAAAUCAA